AGUCUCGUUUUUUUCUUGGCAUAUGUCAGUUUGAUAUUGCGGUUUGCGGUAGUCAGUGACUGCUCAGUGUGUGUUUUCCGCAUUGACAAUAUUUCUAAUUUUCGCACUUUCACCCGUUAAUUAUUAUCACAUUGUGUAAUAAGUAAUUUUAUAACCGUGUCAUAAUAACUGUUGCAACGUGUGUUUACUGAAGCCGACGGUGAAAUUUAUCUAAACCGUGUGGGCCGUGUUUUUUCUUCGGAGACUUGUUUUUUCUGUGUAUCGUUUUGAUUUUUGGCGCAACCUGUUUGGGAAUUUUGAAUUGACUGAAAACAAGGUACUGUUGCUGUUUUUGGUGUUGUCCGAGAUUUGACCUGUUUCUCGAGCGUUACAUAAUAGCAGAAUGGGAGUGAUGGCGCGGUAUCGUCGUACAAAUAUCCACUGACAAGAAUGGGACACUUCCAUCGACCACCUUCCUUGCACAUCACUUUCUCCCAGCGUUCGGCGUGUGCGCGCGCGCCCUGCAUGCCUUGAUGGGCAGCACCGGGAGCGCAGGAGGCGGGCGCGCGUCUCGCGUCCUGCGCCUCCUACUACUCUUCGUGCUGGCUCUUGCAGCAGUAGAGUAUCUCUUCGGGUCCAUACUGGACGCCUCCCCGCUCAGAACCUACUUAAACUCCGACAAAACACAACUGUUAACUAGUAAUCGUGGAGCAACGUUGAAUGUGAUAAAACCUCCUUCGGUUAAUACAACAAAUGCAGUACCAGUGACCAAGAAACAAAAUAUGGCAGUAACACAUUACAACCAAACUAUGGCAACCAAAGUGAUAUCUGAGCCACCACAGGUGUCACAGACCUCCAUCCUUCUAACGAGGUUGAUGGAGACUCUUAACAAUGAAACCACAGAUAUGACAAGUAGCAAUAAAAAUGAUUCGAGUAGUCUACCUCUUUGUGAACUUCCUGCUGACUUGGGUCCCAUAAAAGCUAAUAAAACUGAUAUGGAUUUAGCGACGAUAGAAAAGAAGUUUCCAGAAGUACAGUUCGGUGGCAGAUAUAGUCCCCCCAACUGCACCGCAAGACAUAAAGUCGCUAUCAUUGUGCCAUUCAGAGAUCGACAGCAACAUUUAGCUGUAUUUGUAAACCACAUGCAUCCCUUCUUGAUGAAGCAACAAAUUGAAUAUGGAAUAUUCAUCGUUGAACAAGAAGGUGAGAAACCAUUCAACCGUGCCAAGCUGAUGAACGUGGGGUACAAGGAGAGUCAGAGACUGGAGCCAAACUUCACUUGUUUCAUCUUCCACGACAUCGACCUGCUGCCCACUGACACUCGGAACGUCUACUCCUGCACGACACAGCCGCGCCAUCUCUCGGCAGCUGUUGACGUUUUUAGAUAUAAGUUACCAUACAAGACCUUGUUCGGUGGUGUGUCAGCAAUGACCAAUGAGCAGCUGCGCAAAGUGAACGGCUACUCAAAUAAGUACUGGGGGUGGGGGGGCGAGGAUGACGAUAUGGCGGAUAGGUUAAAAAUAAAUAAUUACCACAUAGCAAGGUAUCCGAUGUCUAUAGCGCGGUACGAGAUGCUAACUCACAAGAAACAACGACCUAAUCCUAAAAGGUACCAGCUACUGUCGCAAAGUAAAUCGUUCGUCAAAGACGGCCUGUCUAACCUCGACUACAAAGUGAAACAAAUCAUAAACUAUCAUCUCUAUACUCAUAUAUUAGCCAAUAUAGACGAGCAUAGCUGAUGGACAUAUUUCGCCAAGCUAUUGUUUGGCGAUGAUCGGUAACAUACGCUCAGUGCACUGACACUACGACAAUGACAGGUAUCUAGUGUUGCCUGACAAAAAAUACCUUUCUACGGUAGAAAACGAAACUUGGAAACUACCAAAUUCGUGAAAACUCAAAAGGACUGUUAUGAAACGUCUUGUCACUUAAGUCAAUUGUGAUUGUGCGACAAUUAUGAUUACGAUGUUAUGUAAUAUUAUAUAUAUGAAAUGAUAUAUAAGUAAUUGUAAGUAGAUAACGACUGUUGUUUCUAAAUUUUCUAAUCAUUCCAUGUUUUUCUACGUUAUAACUUUACUAAUAAGUUACUCAAUCUAAUAAAUGGCAACACUAGGAAUUUGUCUGCUGUUUAUAAAAAUAGAUGCUUAAGAAAAAAUAGGCGUUUGUAUUAAUUUAGAAUGUAAAUUUUAAGUUACAAUUUGAGAUAUUUUUUUACUUUCGUUGGACUAAAAUCAUCCAAAUCUAUUCUAAGGAAAUGUAUGUAUGUGUUAUACGUGUUAAUUAUUUUAUUUGUAACUUAUUAGGUACACGAUAUCUAUAUAAAUCUUUUAUACCAUUAAAUUGUGAUCUUAUUUUGUGCUUUUUUUAAAGUUUGACAAAUGGCUGAGCAAAAAUAAAAUAUUUAAGACUAAUUCGAUUGGUUACAAAGGAAAAUUUUAUGUAAAAAUUGUAUAUAUGAAGAAUAUAGUGUAGAUACGAGAGGAGGGCAUUUUAUUAUAUGAAGUACAGAGUGACAAUAUAGUACAUAAAACGAUUCUACUUAGAAUUAUGAUUACGCUCAGAGCGUAGGAAGUACAUUUACUACUGAAUAUUUACAUGUUAACUAAAAUAUAUACUUAAUAUAUAAUUCAUCACAGCAUCUGGUAGAAAAAAUAUAAAUUCUAAAUAUUCAUAGACAGAUAGAUAUACAGCGUGUUUUGUUACUAGAGUAUAAUAUUGUAAGGGGAUUGCAGUACAAUAGGUAAUUUUUAAUUUGUUUUUGAUGACAACACUGAUAGGCUGAUUGAACAAUAUUUACAUGGCAAUAACAAAAAAAAACUAAGCGUGAUUAUUUUUGGGUAUUGUUUAUCUACCCAUUUAAUGUAGGCACUUGGCAGUCGCUGGUGAUCACAUGACUAUUAAGGUAAUUAAAAUAAAAAAGUACUUAACCCUUAUUAUAUGCUCUAUUUCAAUGGAAUAUAAUUCAAUUCAGUAUCAAAAUAAAAACCGAUCAGUACCAGGGAUUUUCUUCUUUCUCUUUCUAUCUUAUAUCAAAUUUUUCCCAAACGAUUUUUCUUACGCCAUCUACCUCUACAAUUUUAUACUCUAGUAACUAAUCACACUGUAUAAAGUUUGGCGCUUUCACGGCCUAAUUAUUCAAUUUUAGCGGCACCUUAUUUAAAAUUUAUUUAUUUCUAUUUGAAUUAAUUUACCUAACCUACUAAGCAAAUAACAAAAACAAUAUUGUUUCCAAUACUCUAGUACUAGAACCGCUCUGACGCCCUAAAAGGAUGUAUUCGGAGCAAAUGAAUUUCCUUGAGAGAGAAAAAUAAUCAAAAAAAUAAUGCAACUAUAUAUAUAUAAUGCAAUAAUAGAUAACUUUAU